CCGGGGGUGUAGGAUCUUAGGAUCCAGUAGGUCGGAAGACACCGCAUGGCCUUGCGGCUCACCGGUGGCCACGGUGGAGGCGCUUGAGGGGAAAUGGACCUCCGCACACAAGAAGUGCUGGCUGCUUGGGUCGUCGCUGUGGUGGUGGGCUGCUUACACUAUGCCGAGGUCUCAGGCUACAACUGCGUUUACCAGGGGCUCUCGAUGGCCGAGCAGAAGGAGGCGUUCUUGAAAACAGAGAAUGCCUUCUACUUCUCUUACUACGAUGACUUCGUGGAGGCACCUACGCUUGGAGAGGCCAUUUGGCGCAUGUUGAGAGAUGAUCGCAGCGAAGCACCUGAUGUGAUCAAUGCGGUGCACCGCUUCAACAUCUACCAGGAGGUCAUUUGUGGAUUUCUCUUCAGGUGUACUCCAUAUUGGAUCCUCGGAGGUCUUGAUUCCUGGUUCUUUUUUCGAGGCUGCAGCUACGUCCUUCAAGGUUUGGGCCACGUGGCGUUGCUCCGCUUGGCUGCAGCAGUUGGGGGGGAUGGCCUGCUUGGUGGCGUGCUGCCAGGUAUUGCACUGGCGCUCUUGUCCUUUCUGCAUCGCCUGGAUUUUAGCCGCAUCCAUGAUGUUGGUAUGCUGGAGCUGCGUGAGAAUUGGGCCAUGCCCGUCAUUUUCGCACAGGUUUGGGCCAUGACAAAGCUUUUCAUGAUCCAUCCAGCUCUUUGCGGAAAAGACUCCUGGGAAUUCAUCAGCUGGCGCUGGGCAUUCCGACUGCUCACUGUACUUUGCAUAUUGGUUUGGCAAUUCUCAGCCUUCGCUUUUCUCCUCCAAGUGUCAGCGGCCUUCCUUUGUACCUUGCUUGCCUGCCACAAUAGUGCUCGCUCUGCCAUGAUGGAGCUCCUCAAUUCACAUUUGGUUGCAGUCGCGAUGGCAGCAGCACUCCUCUUCGGGAAUGAGCUCUUGGUACAGCAUCUUCUAGUCACACAGUGUAUUGCGAUCAAGGUGGUGCUCUCCGUUCGGAAGGCCCCCAGCUGGCGACUCCUGUUUUGGCUUGAUGGGGCCCUGGCGGUGGUUCUGUUCCUCGUUCUGCGAGUGCUACAAAUGCCCUUCGCAACUGCUGACGAACACGUUUGGGAGUUGUACGCGAAUAAAAUGCGGACCCUCUUCCCAUCUUACCUUGGGACCGUCCACAAGGAGCCCACCUUCAACACCAGGCUGUACAACGCAGUCAGCGUGUUCGAUUUUAUUAGCUGGAAGAACAUUGAAGUUGGCUUCCAGACGAAGGUCUAUCAGAUUGCUGCCGUAGCUGUUGCUCUUCAGAUAGGUGCUUUCCUCCUCCAGAUCCUGUCCCAUGCUGGGAAAAGCAGCAUCUCUCACGAGAGCUAUGCCCAUGUCUUUGGCUCCACAGUCCUCCUCGUGCAGACAGGGCUCUUCUUGGUCUUGGGCUGCUUCAUCAGCCGCCUGAAAUGCAUCGGUGUGCCCUUUUUGUUGCUCUUUGUGGCCGUGGCUGUUACCCCAAAACCACUGGCGAUGCUACUGGGCCAACUCUCGCGCUGGAGGCUCCUGAGGAUGCUGGCCUUAGCUGCGGUGGCUGCAGCGCAGCUUGGCUAUGUUGCCUUUCUGAGCUCCAAGAUGCCGUUCAUUGAGCAACGAUACACAAGCAUUCAUGCUGAUAAAGGGUGGCCGGACGGAGAUCGUGGGGAGUUCUUCAAUUGGAUGUCGCUGAACAUUCCUGAGAAGGAGAUAGUGCUGGCAGCCAUGCCAUUGAGUGCUGAACUGCGCAGGGCUACUCCCUCUUUGCGCAUUGCUAUCCAUCCUCAGUUUGAGGCACAGCACCUUCGUGACCGAGUUCAAGAGCUCUAUCAGUUCUACCAGUGCACCUCACCAGCCAGCUUUGCAAAGACCAUGAAGAAGUUCCAGUCUCGCUUUUUGAUUCUGGAGUUCAAGCGAUGCAGUUUUGGUCCCUUCCUUCUCGACAGGUACCCAGAGGUCAACUGCAAGGAAGGUGAGCACCCGUGGCAUUACCUUUUCUGCCCACGGGCUUUGGCUUCACCGCUCUUUGAGCUUCUUUGGGCGAAUGCCGAGUUUGCUGUGCUUCGUUUGAGGCAUGACGAGGAGGUGCCCCAGACAGCCAAAUCUGGGAACGUGGAGGACCUCAAGACCUGGGAGCCCAUGCUGCAGCGAUGCCAAGAAGAGGAGCGUCGUGAGUGCUCCGCGCGGGUGGCUGAUUUGGCACUGGCUUUCCGGAAGAUGGGGCAGUCCCAGGUCAGCAAGAUGCUCCUCCGCUGGGCUGAAACGCACGGAGAUGAGGAUGGUGCUUUCCAGUAUAUCAUGGGGCAUCACUUGGACUACGAUUUACAGCAAAGCGAAAAAGCUGGGGCCUACUACCGAAAGGCCGUGGAGCUUGAGCCCAACAAUCCGGUCUUUGUGAAGGAGUAUUUGAUGUGGCUGGAAAUUGUUGCCAAGGAUCAGCGCAGCUUGGUCCGACUGCUGGGCCCACGGCGGACGGCCACUGGAGCCAAGCUGGCUUUGACGGACUUGGGGGAUGCAGCCUUGGCCUGUGAGGCCUCGGUGACGGCCAAAGAGCUCUUCCGAGACCCUGACUGGUCGCAGGAGCUUUGGGAGUAUGCAUUGGAGAAUGGGAAGUGCAACCAAUGUGUGGACAACAACUGGGCUUUGUACUCACCCAACGAGAAGUCCAUGCGCCAAGAUGUGGGAGACUGGCAGCUAUUCCUGAACGUCUUCUGGCAUCGCUCCAUGCGGAGCUCCAUGCUCUCCAUCGCAGGUAAUGCCGGAAGGCAUGGCCAUCAAAAGCGACGCAGUGCAGCUCUGAAGCGCUACAAGAGGAUGCAUUCGUUGAAGACCGGAGGCGCCGGAGGAGUGGAUUAAAAGGAGAAAAAUCGCGUGACAGAGCUUGGUGAUGUGUGAUAAUCCCACCGCCUUCCUGAGCAAGUGUAGCGACAUGUAUAUAGAUAUUUAUAAAUAUAUAUAUAUAUAUCAUCAUUUUGUAGCCUUUGCCUGCAGGACGCUUGUAUGAGGUGAGGGGGCUAGAAGAGGAACAACCGUUGUGCGGGUGUUCAUUCCUAUCACAGACCGAUGUUGAAUCCUUAAAGAUCUUGGUCAGUUGCUUCUUGUGUUCCCAGCUUUUGCGCACAAUAAACUUUCUAGCAACACGUUUGAGAAGA